AAGAGCUACAUAAUCUACAGGAGUAGAUAUGAUAAAGACUUAAAACUGUGCAAUUGUUUCUAAUUUCUAAUUGCAAACAUGUACUGUCUACCAUGGGAUGUGCAGUGUGGUUUUCCAAACAGCAUUUUAGCAAACCAAUUAAACAGCUGGUCUUAUCUAACACUUAAAAAUGACAAACAAAAUAAUAGAUUUAGGAUGGACUUCAAAUUACUGAAGUUGAGCCAUUUCAAAGGGUAUUAAUCAGGUUUCCUAAUAGCACAUCAGCCACUGAAUACAAGUGCUCGGUUUUCAUUCAGAGCUGUACCAGCCCCUCGGAACAGGGAGCCCAUGGGUGAAGUCUUCAGUGGUGCAAAUCAGAGCAGUUUUCCUGGAAUCCACAAUUUUCAAGGGGUUACACUUACUGGCUCUUUCCGUCUCCUUUUAUUAGAGGAGGGCAACAGAUUGAUACGCGACUUGCCUGGUGCACUGGUUUACUCGACACGUCUAACUUGGAAAAGAACAACUUGGGGCUCCUAUAUUGAAUUAUCCCAAGUGAUAUCAGCCAAGAUCUGAAGAGUAUCCCUAAGUCUACAAAGAAAUGAGAAAAACCUUCCUUCAUUAAUGUGCUCUCUCUCCAAAAAAACACAGAACUGGGUGAAUUAAUAUAAUGUACCCGAGCUGGUAAGAACAUUCUGUAACAUGUUGCAUGCAGGCUGGCUUUAGCUCAUUUCAUUAGUAGGAUUAAUUUUUGGAAAUCUAAGAUUUUCAUGUUAAUCCCAGAUAAUAGUGCAGUUUGGUACAUUAAAGUAAUCAGAUUACAAUGAAUGUCAGCAUCAUUUGAUUUGAAAUGAUGUGAAGCAUGUUACUGGAACUAUCACCCCCCUCAUUUUAUGACCUGGAAGAAUGUCAGACAGGGUUCCCAUGUCCGAACAGCUGCAGACCUCUGCUGCAAGUUAUCUCUAAAAAGAUGGCUUUGCUUAUUCAAAUACAGAUUUUUUGACAUCAAGCUAGCACAAGAAUUUUAAAAACACAACAUAAAAAUACCUUCUACACAUCUACCACUGAAUCACCAUCUGCUACAACCAAAUAUCUGAUUGGUGUUUUCAAUUAAAAAAACACUACCCUACCUAGACCUUCCCACAAAUUUGAUGCAUGAGCUUCCUUUUCGCAUCUCCCUCGUUCCCCGUACCUUUACUCUGAUUGGUUACAGCAGGGCUCAUAUCUAUUUUAUUUCUGGUUAAUCUGAUUAAGUAAGAACCUGGGAUUGUGAUGUCAAUGCAUUAGUAGAAGGAAGUAAUUCUUCCUGUAGGAAGGAUGGCAAUUGUGACCUUUCAGAAGCAGGUCAUGAUCUGACUGCAAGAUGAAAGUAAAGCAAGACAAACUGCAGUAAGAAUAACCAACUCAUCCUCUGAUAGCAUAAUUCAAGUAAGAUUAUGGCGCAUGGACUGCAGAUAAGAGAUGAAGAAAGCGGCUACAACAAAAAUCUAUUUUGUAUUCCUAAGCAUUAUGAAGAAGAUUUAGAAAGAGUUUUCAUUCCUCAUGGACUCAUCCUGGACAGGACAGAACGUUUGGCUAGAGAUAUCAUGCAAGAUAUGGGAAGCCACCACAUCGUUGCACUCUGUGUCCUUAAAGGAGGCUACAAAUUCUUUGCUGAUUUGCUGGACCAUAUAAAAGCACUAAAUCAAAAUGGUGACAAAUCUGUGCCUGUUACUGUGGAUUUUGUUAGAAUAAAAAGCUACUGUAAUGAUUCACCGACAGAAAAAAUCAGUAUUGUUGGUGAGGAACUGUCUACACUAAAUGGGAAGAACGUGUUGGUAGUAGAGGACAUUAUUGAGACUGGUAGAACAAUGAAAGCGCUGCUUUCAAAACUAAAAGACAACGAACCAAAGAUGGUAAAAGUUGUAAGCCUGCUUGUUAAAAGGACAGGUCAAAGUCCAGGUUACAGACCAGACUAUAUAGGAUUUGAAAUUCCAGAUAAAUUUGUGGUUGGAUAUGCUCUUGAUUAUAACGAAUACUUCAGAGAUCUGAACCACAUCUGCAUUCUGAAAGAGAAAGCCAAAGAGAAAUAUAGGAUCUGACAGCAGCCUUCUGGAACAACAGUUCAGUGGCACAUACAGCUGUGUGGACGAACAAUAAGUCAUCUAGUGAUUGUGCUUUUUUCACUGAAAAACAACAACAUUUUCUAAAUUUACUAAUCGAUAUAUGUUUUCUGAUAAAGAUUAUUAAAAACAGCUUAAAGGUGUUCAAGAUUCAGUGAAACCUGAACAGAAUACUGGCCAUAAAAUGUGCAUAAUAUUCUGCUGGAAUACAGGGGACACAGCUCAGACAUGUACAUAUGCACAUAAUUACAUUUUGGUUUUAAUUUACUACUUGAAGUAAUACAUUAUGCACAUUGUACACGAACUGCAUUUACUUUUACCGGUGAGCUUGUGUUUGUAAAUAUAUACAUGUACAAUACAAAUAGGCUGAAAAAACAUUGAAGGACUUGAGGUUAAUUAAUUCAACAGUACAAAGUCCAUACUGCGUGGAAAACACAUUUGGUUCCCCAGCUUAACACAAUGUAAAGAAACAAACAAAUAAAAAGUAAACAUUAAGGUAACUACCCUGGGUAGUUCUUACA